CGGGAUUUUUGUGAUAAUAGGAUAUCCUUUGGUUUCCACGACAUCCUCAAACACCCGAAAUUUGACAUUCUCAUGGUCAUGGAUAGUGAAGUGUUAGUAAAUUCCCAAGUUCCAAGACCCUACCUCGCUUUCUGCUUCUGAAUAUCAAAAGUGCACACAACAUAAUCCACACCCUUUUCACCUAAACCCUCUAAUUACCCUGUUGCUGCAUCCAAACCAUGUCUACCAUCAUCCUCAGAGUAGCAGGGACGUAUGAUGCACUGCUUAAGCCAAGCUUUCGUACCCCCACUUGGACGAAGCUUCAUAAUUCCCAUCUGGAAGUGAAAGGCCACUCUUAUCUGCCUGAGAGUGGAGGAAGCUGUGCAAUUCGAAGCAUGUUGCGGGGUCCAGUUGCUGUUUUAGAACUUCCCUUAAGCCUUCAAGCGUCCAGAAGAAGGAACUCUCAAAUAUUUUGCAAUGCUACAACAGACAUCUCUGGAGAUAUUCCUGAAAGUGCUGGUGAGCUGAGCCAGUAUGAGAAAGUGAUUGAAACGUUAACAACUCUGUUUCCUGUGUGGGUCGUCUUGGGGGCCAUUGUCGGCAUUUACAAACCAACUGCUGUAACGUGGUUGGCGACAGAUCUUUUUAGUCUUGGCUUGGGUUUCCUCAUGCUCUCUAUGGGCUUGACAUUGACAUUUGAGGAUUUCAGACGCUGUCUGCAAAAUCCGUGGACUGUGGGUAUAGGGUUUCUUGCACAAUAUUUAAUUAAACCCAUGCUAGGCUUUGCCAUUGCAAUGACUCUAAAACUUUCAGCUCCUCUUGCAACUGGUCUUAUUUUGGUUGCAUGUUGUCCUGGAUGUCAGGCAUCAAAUGUUGCAACAUUCAUAGCCAAGGGAAAUGUUGCACUCUCUGUUCUUAUGACAACGUGUUCAACUAUUGGAGCUAUUAUAAUGACCCCACUCCUUACAAAUCUUCUUGCCGGUCAACUCGUUCCAGUUGAUGCUGUUGGCCUGGCACUUAGUACCUUUCAGGUUGUUUUAGUCCCAACGAUUGUGGGAGUUUUGGCAAAUGAGCUUUUCCCCAAGUUCACUUCAAAGAUAAUCACGAUUACUCCUUUGAUAGGAGUCAUUUUGACCACUCUACUUUGUGCAAGUCCAAUUGGGCUAGCUUCAGAUGCAUUAAAAGCUCAAGGAGCACAACUAGUAUUACCAGUUGUUUUCCUACAUGCUGCUUCAUUUGCUCUUGGUUAUUGGGUUUCAAGAAUAUCAUUUGGUGAAUCCACGUCACGCACUAUAUCUAUAGAGUGUGGGAUGCAGAGUUCUGCAUUUGGAUUUUUGCUUGCUCAGAAGCACUUUACAAACCCUCUUGUAGCUGUUCCUUCUGCUGUUAGCGUUGUCUGCAUGGCGCUUGGUGGGAGUGCUCUUGCCGUGUUUUGGAUGAACAGACCAAUUCCCCUUGAUGACAAAGAUGAUUUCAAGGAAUGAAAAUCAUUGUCUAACUUCCCUGCAUUGCGAGCCUUAAUUAAUAAUGUUAUUUCCCCCUCAUUUUUUUGUAGGACAAUUGUUUUUAUUAGUUGUUUAAGAAAAAAAAUGAUUUCUGAAUUCACGUAGUCAUCAACAUCUUAGAACUUAGAACAUUAAGAAUUUAGGAUGAGUUUACUACAAUUUUUUUUGUAGGACAUUUGUUUUUUAUUAGUUGUUUGAGAAAAAAAAAAUUGAUUUCUGAAUUCACGUAGUCACUCAACAUGUUAGAACAUUAAGAAUUUAGGAUGAGUUUACAACAAUUUAAAACAGGGAGUGUCACAACAAGUAUGCCCCUUAGUUUGUACUUUGUAAUAUUCCUUGGGGUUAAUGUUUCUUUUUCCCAGUUGUGUUUAGAAUCUGAAAAAAAAAGGAUUGAAUUUUAGGUGAUGGCAAGCAAAUAUUCACCUAUGUCCAGUAUGAAUUGUUAUUAUGGUUGUUUGUCAGUCA